AUGGAUCCAUACGAGGAAAACUUUGAAGACCUCCUUGCUGAGGCUGAGCAAUUUAAUGCUCCUCCUGAUCCUUCCUAUUUAGAGGGGCCCCCAAGAGGGGCCCCUGCCCAAGACAGGGGGCCCCUCAGGGGUUCCCGAAUUGGGGGGCCUCCCGGAGGGGGGCCCCCCGAUGAGGGGGCCCCUGAGGUAAUAAAUAUAGGAGAGGACAGCCUAUUAGAUAAUUCACAAGGGAAUUGUUUAUCCUUAGAAGAACAAUUAAGGGAAAUACAAUCACAAAGUUGCGCUAAUUGGUUCGGGGAGUACCCUGGGGGCCCCCUUGGGGGCCCCCAUAUAGAUGGGGAUGGGGCCCCUGGGGGGCCCCUAGGAGGUGGAGGAGGAGCAGAAGAAGAGAAUGUAUUGGAUGGAGGGGGUAUUGGGGGGAAGAGGAGACUCAGCAGCACAAAGAGGGGAGACGGAUUGUCUCCUCGUGCUGCAGCAGCAGCUGCUGCUGCUGCUAGGAGUCCCCAUUCUGCAGCAUCUCUUCACAAGCGUAGGAGACAGCAGCAGCAGCAACAGCAGCAACAGCAGCAGCAGCAAGCAGCAGAAGCAGCAGCUGAUGAGGAGGAGGAGAGACUAUUAGCACAAGCAGCAGCAGCAUUAAGACCUCCAAUGCCUUUCUUUGAUAUAAGUCAUCUCCCUUAUCUCUCCUUGCUGCAGUCUAGCAGCAGCAGCAGCAGCAACAACAGCAGCAGCAGCAGCAGCCGCAGCACAGUAAAGGAGUAUACAGCAUGGGAGGAAGCAGCAAGAGUUGCUGCUCAGCUGCCACAAGAUUAUAAUAAUAGUAAGGGGGCCCCCGCAGCAGCAUACCUAAGGACCUGCCUAUACACCGCAAAUACGCGCAGCAACCUUCCCCCCUUACUCUUACAAAAGGCAGCAGCAGCAGCAGCAACUGCAGCAGAAGGGGAAGCAGCAGCAAAUGGGGAGGAACAGCAGCAGAAAACUGGUGCUGGUGCUGCUGCUGCUGCAGUAGCAGAGGGAGCAGUACGUGUGCUGCCUCCUUUUGCUGCUGGAGGGGAGACUGUGGGGCCCCCGGUGUAUGUACAGGUACUAACAAAGGAGCAGCAGCAGCAGCAGCAUGCUGCUGCUGUUGCUGCAGCAAGAGAGAACACAGCCUUCGGCAAACGUAGAUCCAUGGAAGAGGUCCUCAGGGAAGUGAUGGAGGCGCAAGCAGCAAAGAGGCAGCAAACGGAGUUGCUGCUGCAGCAGCACAGAGAGAGACAGGAACAGCUGCAGCAGCAGCAGCAGCAGCAGCAGCAAACACAGGAAGAGCAGCAAGGGCAGCAACUACAAUGGGUAUUAUUAUUAGGUGGUGCUCCUGGUAUAGGUAAGACAACAUUAAUAGAAUUAGCAGGAAAAUAUUUAAAUUACGAAGUUGUGCUGAUAAAUGGAUCAGAUAAUAGAUCUAUUUCUUCUCUUCUUCCUAUUAUUAAGGGGAUUAUUUCUAGUGGAGAUUGUCAUUUUAGACCUACCAGCAGCAGCAGCAGCAGCAACAGCAGCAGCAACAGCAGCAGCAGCAGCAGCAGCAGUAGUAGUAGUAGUAGUAGUAGUAGUAGUAGUGGGGAUGGAGGGAAGAAGAAACCUGUGCUGCUGCUCAUUGAUGAGGUUGAUGGGUUAGCCUGUCAAGGAGGAGGAGCAGGAGGAGGAGGAGGAGGAGCAGGAGGAGGAGAAAAGGAGACAGGAAGCAAGGAGACAGUUGUACAAGCACUAGCUAGAUUAAUACAACAAAAAGAAAACGGAAAAUAUGUCGUUAAAAGGUAA